CAUUUCAGGUGUGCGAGGGGCUUUGAACCAUCGUUUGGAUGAUUACUGUUACCAACCUACCAUGUAAAAAAAAUAAAUACAAAAAAUAAAAAUAAAUAAUAUUAAUAAUAAUAGUAAUAAUAACAAUAAAUUAUUAUUAUUAUCACUAUUAUUAAUAAUAAUAACAAUAAUAAAUAUAACUGCGAGCAGCAAUUAACGGGUUUCAAGCGGUUUAAGGCCUUUAAGCACAUGCGUAAAAAGGUAUUCUGUUUUAUUUAGCAAGCAUGUAACCACCUAGAUCAUAGAUGGAAUAGACCAUUUACAACCAAUACAGGCAAUUUACUAAGGAAAUACAUGGUUUUUAUAGCUUUUUAAAGCUUAUAGCGCCACCUAUGGUCCGAUCUCCAUAAAAGUCUUCAUGCUUGUUUAGAAUCAUGUCGCAUGUGCUCAGCUAAUUUUGUGAAGUUCUGAGUGUUUCUUUAGGAAUUAUGGGCUUAUUUGUACACUUGACCACGCCCAUUUUCUAAAUGACACUGUUAUAGCUACCCAAAGGGUAAAGUUCCAAUUUUUUGGGGAUAAUUAUUGAGCUAGAGAGUCCAGAUAAUUGUACUGCAUUAGUUUUAUUGAGGUUGAGCAAAAAACCUAGGACUAGUUCACAAAAGUAGGUUUUUUACAUAAUUGUGAAUAUUUAAUGAAAGAUUUGAUUGACAGCAGUGGUUCCUGAGGCAGAGUUGUUCAGUAUGAGGAGAUCUAACAAAUGAUAUGAAUUAUAUCAAAGGUCGCAUUCGAAGGCCGAUUGCAUCACUGCUGCGCGACAAAGGCUGUCCCAAUUCGAAGGCUCCUUCAAAUGCGGCCUCCUAAUGCAUCCUUCAUUUCCCAUGAAAUGGAUACAACAAAUGGAUCCUUCACGGCCUUGCCUACCCCAGAAUUCAUUGCGUGCCAGGUGAUGACAGGAUUUUUUUUUAGAGAAAUUGCCAAAUUACACUUUUAAACAUAAGUAUUGGGUUUCAACUUACUAAAAUAUGUAAUGAUACAAAUGUAAAAAAAAAAAUAAAAAACUUUAAAGUGGUUCAAAUGUUGACUUAUAUAUUACUAAUAUGCGAUUAUAUAUAGUUUAUACUCUUUAUUAUAUACAGAAAUGGACCAUGGUGAAAAUAUUUAGACAGUUUGUGAACCCUGUUUUGUUUUCAGACAGUUUAAAUAUAACUUUCAAAAAAAGUCCAGUACAAACAUUACAGUCACUCGGCAGCUGUCACAGUUGUUAGGCGACAAGGACAGUCCUCCGUAGGCUAGACUGUCCCAAUUAACAAUGCUCAGUCCGACCUUCACGGCCUUCGAAGGCGUGGCUUUUGAAUUGGGACACAGCCAUUGUGUGUUUGUGUGAAACACCACGUGAUUACAGAGGCGUAAAACUCGUUAGCACCAUCCAUUGGCCGAUUUCUUUCAAAUUUCUCACAGACCUCUAGGGUCAGGGGUUGAACAGGCCCACCGAGUUUUGUGCCGAUCAGCCUCCGGUAACCUUGUCUAAUAGGUGCUCAAAUUUCAUUGGCCGAUGGCGGCCAUGUUUUUUAAGAUACGCCAAUGUCCUCACAGACAGUCAUGGCACCUUGGACAAAGACACUGCAUGCUGAUUUUCAACUCAAUCAGACUAACAGUUGCGUAGUUAGAGAUGUUUUUAUAUUUUUUUCCUGUUAUAGCGCCACCAAGUGGCCAAACUAUGCAUUUUUUUUUUUACUGUGACCUCAGAUUGAGCUCAUACACGUGUACCGAGUUUGGUGAAAAUAUCUCAUUUCAUUGGGGCGUUAUAGCCAUUUUUAAAAUGGCCCUCCCUUUUCGAACGCUUUGGUACCCCUUAGUGACCGUGAGUCGAAAUAUAAUUUUUUUUUUUUUGAUAAUUAUUGAUAAUCAAACUCCAGAGUAUAUUUCUGCACUGGUUUUCUUCCGAUCGGGUGAAAAACCUAGGACUAGUUCGCAAAAGUAGGUUUUGAACAUUAUCUGAAAUAUUUACCAAACGAUUUGACAGACACCAGUGCUAUCAGGUGAUAUAUAUUAAUUGUGUUUUUUCACAACACUGCAUUAUAAACAACACAACCCUCCCAGACCAAGAGUCAAAUAGGUCCACUAAGUUUCGCUCCAAUCGGUCAUUGUUAACCUUGUGUAAUAGCUGCUGAAAUUUUAUUGGCCGAUGGCGGCCAUGUUUUUCAGCAUACAUGAAUGUCCGUAUAGACAAUGAUGGCAGCUGAGACAAAGACAGUAUAUGCACAUUUUGAAGUCAAUAGGAUUAACGGUUUCAUAGUUACAGCCAAUUUCAUGUUAUUUUGGUAUUAUAGCGCCACCAUGUGUCAAAAUCGCGCCAACUGGGCGACCAAAGAUUGACCUCUUACAUAAGCAUGCCAAGUUUGGUGAAGAUAUCUCAUUUCCUUCAAGAGUUAUAGCCAUUUAAUUAAAACUGGCCACUCCUACUUCCUAUGUUUUCGCAUACCGUAGCAAGCACUUGAACCCCUAAUAAUAAUAAAAAUCUUAACAAUUACAAUAGGGUUUCAGUGCUAAGCACUUGAACCCCUAAUAAUAAUAAAAAUCUUAACAAUUACAAUAGGGUUUCAGUGCUAAGCACUUGAACCCCUAAUAAACAAUAAAUAGGAAAAUACCAAAAUGCCAUGGAUGUAGUAGCUAUAGUGAAUCAUUUUGGUAAUAUUUAGUAGUCUUUUUUUUAAUUUUUAUUUUUAUUGUUUUGUUUAUUUUUUCAUUUUCUAUUGUCUGAGGCAGUGUUGGAAAAAUAUUUGAGAGAUCCUUGAGAAAUAUAGAUGAAUAAAAGGGAAAGAGUGACAGGUGAAGUAAUGGAGAAAAUCAGAGAGCGGGGUUGAUAGUAAUGGCUUUUUAUAAGAGGACCAUAAUCCUUCUUUAUUCUGCUUUCCCUUUAGAUUUACGCAAUGACAUAAUCCAAGCCUGUCAGUCAAACAGAGAGUUGCCCACUGUGUGUAUUAAAGAGUACCAUGUUAGAAUCAAAGUCCCAGUCCAGAUUUGUUUUCCAUCUGUUUGGAUGCUGUGUGUGUGUGUUAGAGAGAGAGAGAGAGAGAGAGAUAGUAAACUAGUAUUUUAAGCCAAAUAGAAACAUUUUCCUGGGAAAAUUCUCUUCUUUUAUGAUGCACUGUGCAGCCAGAAAAUAACUUUAAUCCCACAGUUUUUUUUUUUUAUAAUCAGAUGUCGCAACCCCCCUCAUCCAUUAGAUUCAACAGUGGAGUCCAAAGUUGCAGCUGUAAUCUGGAACAUAAAUGUGAAUGGGACACAUCAAGGAGGUUUGGAUGAUUUGUGCAUGACUGCGUGAUUAAGAGUAGAAAUAUUAAGGUGCUCUGGUGUGUGUGUGUGUGUGUGUGUGUGUGUGUGUGUGUGUGGUCUUCACUUGAAAAUUCUGGCUGUUCAACAGAAUGCAUCUGCUGCUGUUCAUUUCACUCUGCCUAAGUCUCUGUUCCUCUGUGCUGAGUGCAGCAGUAACACCUCCAUGUAGUGCCAUAUACAGGGGUUUUGCUGAAUGUCUGGUUACUCUGGGUGACAGUGUGAGCUCCAAUACUGAUGACCCACAGGACAUCAACUCCAUAUGCAAGUCAUGGGAUGCCUUCCAGGUGUGUGUCAGUAGUGUGUUGUCAGGUUGCCGUGGUGAUGCAGCAGAAAUCUGGGAAUCUUUGAGGGCAGAGUCCCAAAAAACAACAUUUGCUCGAAAUCUCUAUGACAUGUGUGCAGGACGUACUGAAGCUGUCACUGCAGCUACCACUCUUCAGAGUCUUCCCAGCACUGACCAAACCAACCAGGAAACCCUCAAAGGACUUGCUCAUUCUAUCAGCCACUCAGUCAGCACAGAGCUGCUCCUGACAUGCAUCUCUCUUCUCCUGCUACUUCGGAUGCAGCCCAUCCCUUUUAUACAGCAGGACUGAUGCCAUUGGCCAAUGACAGCGUUACAGGCAAAUAUCAGCAUAGACUCUAUCAUGUAAUGCUAUUUAAAACCAUGUCAAAAACAUAGGCCCUGUUCUUAGAAUAUUUUUUUUACUUUAAAAUUCAGUAAUGUUCCAGUGCUGAUUGCAAGAAAACGACAACAAACAAACAAAAAACAAAACAAAAACCUUAUUUAUAAUUGUAAGGGUAUAAUUACUAAGGGGUUUCUCAUCUUAAAGGUGCACUCUGUAUUUUUCUCCCUCAUUUAAAAAGUUGUGCUCCUUAAGAAAUGAAUUGUGAUUUUGAAAAAUAUGUAUAAAAUCAUGAGCACUUACAUAAGAUAAAGACUCCAGUCAUAUCAGUAACUUUAUAAAAGCUGUUUUAUUCUCCAUGCGGCGGGUCCCAUCAUGGCGGCUGCCAUGUUAAAGGAAUGGUGCACCCAAAAAUGAAAAUUCUCUCAUCAUUUACUCACCCUUAUGCCAUCCCAGAUGUGUAUGACUUUCUUUCAUCUGCGGAACACAAUUUUAUUUUAUUAUUAUUAUUAUUAUUUUAAAGAAUUUCUCAGCUUUUUUGAUCCAUUCAAUGCAAUUGAAUGGGUGCCAAAAAUUAAGCUCCAAA